CGCUGAAAUAAUGAAUAUUAGGUUAGGAAGGUAAUUGGCCGAUUCGAAAAUACAGUAUUGUUAUAGAUGUGAAUCAGUAAGUUUUAUUGAACAUUCAUCAUAAUAAGGUAAAAGAUACACAUUUCAUUCCUUGAUAAGAAACCAUUAUCAAUUUUUACUUCAUGGUUUGAAUAUUCGUUAGUUCACCGUUCACAAAAAUGCCGGAAACUGUACUCCCGAAAAAUUAUUUUGUGUUUGUUGCUGUACUCACAGCACAAUUCGGAAUAUUUCUGAGUGGCAUCUAUUACUCAUGGUCAUCACCAGUACUGGUCAAAUUGGCAAAUUUGGACGACAAUCCUUUAGAACGGACAAUAACAGCGACAGAGCAAGUAUGGGUGAUAACGAUAGGUGUCUUCGGGAUGUGGAUAGGGUCUCACUGCAGCGCAAAACUCUCCAGGGUAAUCGGAAAAAGGCCAACGCUGAUACUCAUGACCCUGCCCCUAUUGGUAUCCUUCAUAAUGUUGGCUUUCCUGAGACAGAUGUGGCUGAUGUAUGUAGCGAGAAUUUUGGGCGGAAUAACUAACGGGGGAAUGUUCACCUUACUACCAAUAUAUUUUGGAGAAGUGGCCGAUCCGAGAAACAGAGGAAUACUUGGAGCAGCUUUCAAUCUCUUCCUCAACGUUGGUCUACUAUUUUCCCUUUGUCUAGGUCCUUACACCACCUACAGAAUGUUCAAUCUCGUUCUAGCGGCCUGCGUACUUAUUUAUGCAAUCCUCAUAACUAUAAUCAUUCCAGAAUCGCCCUACUUCUUGAUGGAAAAAGAUCAGGAUAAAGCUGAAGAGACGCUCAAAAGAAUAAGAGGAGUUGAUGAUGUGAAGCAAGAACUGAAACAAAUACAGCAAUACUUGGAGCUAGAAGCUGGGGAAAAGGGUUCUCUAUUGGAAAUGAUUGCCAGUAAAUCAGCGAGAACAAGCCUCAUCAUUGGAAUCGGACUGGCUUCAUUCCAACAGUGUUCAGGAAUAAGCAUCAUUAUGGGAUUCGGUCAGAUGAUUUUCGAGGAAGUCGAAGGUUUCCUUCCUAGUGAUUUGAGUCUUAUAAUACUCGGGUUUUCGCAAGUCGUAUUCGGACUAGUAGCUCCGAUCUUUACCGAUAGAUUCGGUAGGAGAUUUCUACUCAUCAUCUCAUACGCUGGAAUCGCCAUGUCGUUGACCACGUUCGGCAUUUAUUUCAUCUUGAAAAAACAUGGAAUUUCUGUGGACGGUAUCUCGUGGCUUCCUUUGGUCUCAAUGACCUUCUUCAUGUUCGCUUUCGGCAUUGGGGCCGGAGCGGUUACCUUCAUCGUAAUAGGGGAAAUAUUCUCUUCGAAAAUGAAGGGACCGGCAACAUCCAUAGCCAAUAUUUUGGCAUCGAUAACAGGGUUGCUUUUGACUAACUUAUAUAAAAUUCUGAAAGAAGCAAUAGGAACUGGAUACACAUUCUGGAUAUUGGGAUUCAUCGGGGUCAUAGCAGCCCUUUUUUCUGCCCAUUUCGUUGUUGAAACUCGGGGAAAGACCUUGAAGGAAAUUCAAGAAAUAUUGAACAAAGAUGAUUCGCAUAAAAGCCAAACGAUAGAGUUAUGAGGAAAUCUCUAGCAAUAGUGAAUUACUUAUAAUAGGUAAAUAAAGUGAAUAUUUUAAACGAACAAAGUUUGGAAAGCCGGUUAGAAAAUCAUUUUUGAUAUAUUGAUUUAAUGUGUCGAUCUAGAUUGAAGAAACAACAACAUAAGUCUGAAUGUUUCGAAAAUUCAACCGAUUUUGUUACUCGUGAAUUUAUGAAUGAUAUAUUUUUGUAUGAAAAUGUUGAAAUAAAAAAUUAAAGAAUUA